GAGCGGAGGCCGGGCCAGGCGGCGGACCAUGGACGUCUCGGGCCAGGAGAGCGACUGGCGCAGCGCCUCCUUCCGCCAGAAGCUGGUCAGUCAAAUUGAAGAGGCAAUGAGGAAAGCCGGAGUAGCCCACAGUAAAUCCAGCAAGGACAUGGAGAGCCAUGUAUUCCUGAAGGCCAAAACCCGGGACGAAUAUCUUUCCCUUGUGGCCAGGCUCAUUAUCCAUUUCCGAGACAUUCAUAACAAGAAAUCUCAGGCAUCUGUUAGCGAUCCCAUGAACGCCCUACAGAACCUCACAGGUGGACCCCCAACUGGAGCGACUGGAAUUGGGAUGGCGUCUCGGGGCCCAGGCCAAUCACUGGGCGGGAUAAGUGGGCUCGGAGGAGUGGGCCAGCCAAUGACCCUCUCGGGACAGCCACCACCUGGCACCUCAGCAAUGCCCCCUCAUGGUAUGUCUCUUGUUUCUGCCACCACUCAGCUGACCCAGCUCCAGCUGCAGCAGGUGGCUCUUCAGCAGCAGCAGCAGCAGCAGCAGCAGUUCCAGGCCCAGCAGCAGGUAGCCCUGCAACAGCAGCAGCAGCAGCAGCAGCAGCAGUUCCAGGCCCAGCAGAAUGCCAUGCAGCAGCAGCAGCAGCAGCAGCAGCAGUUCCAGGUGGCCGUGCAGCAGCAGCAGCUGCAGGUGGCCGUGCAGCAGCAGCAGCAGCACCUGCUGAAAUUCCACCAUCAGAGCCAGCAGCAGUUGCAGCAGCAGCAGCAGCAGCUGCGGAUCGCCCAGCUGCAGCUCCAGCAGCAGCAGCAGCAGGCCAUGCAGCCCCAGCAGCCGCCCCAGCAGCCUCCGCCGUCCCAGGCACCGCCGCCCUCCCAGGCCAUGCAGCAGCUCCAGCAGCUGCACCACCAUCCGCCACAGACGCAGGCGCCGCCGCCCCAGCAGCAGCAGCAGCAGCAGCAGGUGGCUCAGACCCAGCAGCCCCAGCUCCCACCGCAGGCACAGCCGGCGCAGCCGCUGGUCCCGCAGGCCCAGUCGCUCUCCGGGCAGAUGAUGCUCACCCCGCAGCAGCUCAAAGUGAUGCAGGUCCGAGCCCAGAUGGUUGUGCAGCAGGCCCAGCAGGCCCAGCAGCAGCAGCAGCAGCAGCAGCAGCAGCAGCAGCAGCAGGUGGCUGCAGCCCAGGCAGCCCAGGUGGCUCAGAUGGCCGCCGCCGCCGCCGCAAUGAUGACUACAGCCGUGCCCCGAGGUGGGACGCAAAUAAGACCACGGUUCCCGCCUGCCACUGCUGGGUCCGCCACACCACCCAUCGCCUUCCCUUUGGGCGGACAGCCAGUGCCACAGGUCAACCAGGGCAGCAUGACCAUGAUGUCUUCACCAUCCCCUGUCCAGCAAGCCCAGACCCCCCAAGCGAUGCCGCCUCCCCCACAGCCAUCUCCCCAGCCUGGCCAGCCCUCCUCGCAGCCCAACUCAAACGUCAGCUCUGGUCCUGCUCCGUCUCCUAGCAGUUUCCUGCCCAGCCCCUCUCCACAGCCUUCUCAGAGUCCAGCUUCUGCCCGCACUCCACAGACCUUCAGUGUUCCGUCCCCCGGGCCGCUCAACACCCCCGUGAACCCCAGCUCGGUCCUGAGCCCAGCCAGCUCCAGCCAGGCUGAGGAGCAGCAGUACCUGGAAAAGCUGAAGCAGCUGUCCAAAUACAUUGAGCCCCUCCGGCGCAUGAUCAACAAGAUCGACAAGAACGAAGAACGGAAGAAGGAUCUCAGUAAGAUGAAGAGCCUGUUGGACAUUCUUACAGACCCAUCCAAGCGGUGUCCCCUGAAAACACUCCAAAAAUGUGAGAUUGCUCUGGAGAAGCUGAAGAACGACAUGGCUGUGCCCACCCCUCCACCACCUCCUGUGCCGCCCACCAAGCAGCAGUACCUGUGCCAACCCCUCCUGGAUGCGGUUCUUGCCAACAUCCGUUCCCCGGUCUUCAACCAUUCCCUGUACCGCACGUUUGUGCCAGCCAUGGAGGCCAUCCACGGCCCUCCCAUCACAGCUCCAGUUAUCUCCCCUCGGAAACGUAAAUAUGAGGAUGAUGAAAAACAGACGAUCCCAAACGUGUUACAAGGAGAAGUGGCCCGACUGAAUCCAAAAUUCUUGGUGAACCUGAACCCCUCCCAUUGCAGUAACAACGGCACUGUGCAUCUCAUCUGUAAGCUGGAUGACAAGAACCUCCCCAGUGUCCCGCCGCUGGAGCUCAGUGUUCCUGCAGACUACCCAGCCCAGAGCCCUCUGUGGAUAGACAAGCACUGGCAGUACGAAGCCAACCCAUUCCUUCAGUCUGUGCACCAGUACAUGACUUCCAAGCUGCUUCAGCUCCCCGACAAGCACUCGGUCACUGCUCUCCUCAACACAUGGGCGCAGAGUAUCCGGCAGGCCUGCCUCUCGGCCGCAUAGUCCCCUCCCCUCCAGCCGGGCCAAACCUCAGCAAGAGGAGCCUCGUGGCGGGGGUAGCCAGGUGGGGCUCACCGGAGAGCCGGCCGGUAGAUAU